CCCACUGCUCCGCCCCCUGGCAGACGAAAGACAUCGUCCAGGUCUGAGCACAGAAGGGGAUCUGCCCAUUUGGCUUAUUGCUCCAAGUCAGCAGUGCAGUAGAGGAAUCCAUUGGCCAUCCAGGCAAGCCCUCCCUGCUCACCAAGAUGUCAGUGGUGCGAAGGAAGUUUGGUGAUGACUACCAGGCCGUAGUGGGCGGCCCGGCGGCCCGGCGGAAGCGCCAGCGCUUUGUGGACAAGAACGGGCGCUGCAACGUCCAGCACGGCAAUCUGGGCAGUGAGAACAGCCGCUACAUCUCAGACCUCUUCACCACCUUGGUGGACCUAAAGUGGCGCUGGAACCUGCUCAUCUUCUUGCUGACCUACACCGUUGCCUGGCUGGUCAUGGCCUCCAUGUGGUGGGGGAUCGCUUACCUGCGCGGCGACCUGGAGAUGCCCCACAGUGCCAAUCAAGGCCACAGCCCCUGUGUGGCCAACGUCUACAACUUCCCCUCAGCGUUCCUCUUCUUCAUCGAAACAGAGGCCACCAUUGGCUACGGGCACCGCUACAUCACCGAGCGCUGCCCAGAGGGCAUUGUGCUUUUCCUGUUCCAGUCCUUGCUGGGCUCAGUGGUGGACGCCUUCCUGAUAGGAUGCAUGUUCAUCAAGAUGUCGCAGCCCAAGAAGCGCGCCGAGACCCUCAUGUUCAGCCGUGCCGCUGUCAUCUCGCAGCGGGACGGGAAGCUCUGCCUCAUGUUCCGGGUGGGCAAUCUACGCAACAGCCACAUGGUCUCGGCUCAGAUCCGUUGCAAACUCAUUAAGUCACGACAAACACCAGAAGGUGAAUUCCUGCCUUUAGACCAAUGCGAGCUUGAUGUUGGAUUCGGAACUGGGGCUGACCAACUGUUCCUCGUUUCUCCUCUCACCAUCUGCCAUGAAAUCAAUGACAAGAGCCCCUUUUUUGCCCUCUCCCAAAGAUCACUAAGGAGCGAGCAGUUUGAGAUUGUUGUCAUCCUGGAAGGCAUCGUGGAAACAACAGGAAUGACAUGCCAAGCCAGGACUUCGUACACAGAAGAUGAAGUCCUCUGGGGCCACCGAUUCCUCCCAGUGAUGUCGCUGGAAGAUGGCUUUUUCCGUGUCGAUUAUUCCCAGUUUCAUGGGACGUUUGAGGUACCGACUCCGCCAUACAGUGUGAAAGAGCAGGAGGAGAACCUAGCUCUCCCAUCGCCAUGGAACACCCCAACGGGGAGCAACAGGAGCAGAAGGGAAAAGAUCUCCUCCCUGGACUGCCUCGAUCUUUUUGAAGAGAAAAGCAGCCGGCUUCCCAGCAAACUCCAAAAGAUUUGCUCCGGGAAGGGGGAUCUCCAAAGAGGAGUCCUCAGUCUCUGCUCUGCCAAUGUUGAGAAAACAUGCAGCACCGGCGACCUCCUGAGGAUCCAGCAAAUCAGUUCGGUUUGCAGCAUUGAGGACGGGGGUGAAAAGAUUCAGUCGACAGCCUUCAAAACCAAAUCAGAGUUACUGGCUCGGUCCACCGGCAACCUGGAACUCCAGCAGAGGUUUCCUCCAGCCCCACACACCUUGGGGGUGAAGCUAGAUGAUAACUUGCCUGCCAAACUACGGAAAAUGAACUCGGGGCUCCUCUCCUAAGCACCAGCUGACCCCACAAUGGGAUGCGAUUGCAUUUUAAACUUCUGGAUUUCUCGGGUUGCUACGGUGAAGUGCAGGAGUGUGGAAGCGAUGCGAACAGCCCCCUGCAGACCACUGGCCGGACUGUCUGGGCAGAUGUUGGAGUUCAGCAACACUGGGGGUCUGUAGGUUUCCCACAUCUGGUGAAGAUGUUCUUGCAUCAGGCACUAUGUCAACCCAGUUUAAAGUAAAAUAAAACCAUACCUUCAACCAUCAAUAAA